AUGCAAAGCGAUGACGCCACGAAGCUCAAGCUGUUGCUGCUGAGCGACUUAGAAGGCCAAAUCGCGCGUGUGAACCAGCUGUGUGAGGAGAUAGUCAGCUCGGACGACUGCGACGUUGAUGCUGUGCUGCUCUCUGGCGGUCUAGUGGCCAAACGAGGGCCACACGAGUAUGCAGUACUCGAGACGGUAGCAGCUGCCGAAGGAGAUAUGAUGGCACUGAUCUCUCGGCUUGAGAUGAUUAUUUGCCGUGUUCUAUACAUUUCAGAUGAGAACGAUCCGCCUACUACACGCAGCAUUGUCGUACCGGCGCCAUCACUGACGCAGUACUCUUCGAAUGUAUACUACCGAGACGAUCAAUUGGUUGAGGGCGUGACAGUUAUGGGCGAAGCUCGAUAUUACAAACUAGUGAACGAUGGGAAGAACCCGAUGCAGGAUCGUGACAUGGUGCUCGUACUGCGGGACUCGAUGGUCAAGACGCGUCUACCUGAGGUGGAGAGCUCUUUCUUCGCUGGUCUGCUGCCCAUGCUGCAGUCUCACAAACCAGACGAGCAGCGAGCGCUCGAGAUCAUUGGCGGCAGCGAUCAGCAUCCACAUGCGCAGCUUCCAUUGAUCUAUCCAGGUUCAUUGCGACUGGGCCAGUAUACGAUUCUGCAGCUGGAGAAAGAUCCUCUCGAGGACAAGUGGUGUGUGUCAGCCGUGAUAUCUCAUCAGCUUGAGGACGACGAAGACGUCGCUUGA